AUGCUCGCUCUACUCGCCACCCUCCUCAGCCUCCUCCCACUCUCCCACAGCCACCCCACAACCACCGAUGGCAUAGGCCCCGAGGAAACAUGGACCAUCCCGCGUCUCGACAUGCACAUGAUGUCCAGCAACACCGGGCUACCAGGCAACACCUGGCCACCCUCUGCGCACUUCAACUCCACCAUAUCCUUCGACGUCACCAUGCCCGUGCACAACCUAACAUUCCCCUCCAACCCCUCCAACAACAUCACCACAACCUGCACCGCCUCCUUCGCCAACGGCACGCUCCCCUCCGGCCGCAACUUCUGCAACCCUCCCGGUCCGACGGAAAUCCUCUGGUUUGAAAUGAGCACCAUUGACGGCCUGGGUCCACGCCGCCCGGAGUUGGCGUUUAGUUUGCAUUUUCAUGGCGCGCUGGAGUGGGAUGGGGGUCGGGUCGCUAUGACGUGGUUCGAUGGGUAUCGCCAUAUCACGGCGAAUAAUGCGAGUGAGGAGAGUGGGUUUUUGACGUGUCUUGAGGGCAGGCCGUUGGAUGGGUUGAGAUGUGGGAUUGGGAGUUAUUUGAGUAGGAGGGAGGCUUUGACGGUGAAUGUUGUGAGAAUUGGGGGGCCGCCGAUGAAUGGGACGGUUGGGGGUGAGGGGCGAAGCCAGUGA